AUGUCAUCAGUAGUAUAUUAUAGAUUUCUACAUCAGAAGAAUAAGAAUGUUAUACAUUUCGAUGGUACUUCAAUCAAUGUAUUUGAUCUAAAAAGAGAAAUUAUACAACAGAAUCAAUUAGGUUCUGGUUUAGACUUUAAUUUAAAGUUAUUUCAUUCUGAUCAACAAGAUAAAGAAUAUGAAUUAGAUCAAGAUAUAAUACCCAGAUCCUCAUAUGUAUUAGUUAAAAGAUUACCUGUAAAUCAUAAAUCUGGUAAAUUUAAUAAUGCUGCUAGAUAUGUAACUGGUAAACCAAGAAUAAAUAAACGUGCAAUUGCUACUAGUAACACAACAACAAAUAUCCCAAAUCAACAAGUUUUAGAUGAUUCAGCUACUGAAGAAGAUAAAAUUAAAAUGAUGUUUGAAAAUCAAUCAAAUGCAUGGGCUCAAACGCAAGAUGAAUUAUCUCAUCAUAAAAUUGUAUAUAAACCACAAAAUACAACAGCUCCUACAGAUGCUCCACCACCAGGUUAUAUAUGUUAUAGAUGUGGUAAAAAAGAUCAUUGGAUUAAAAAUUGUCCUACUAAUAAUGAUCCAAAUUUUGAAGGUAAAAAAGUUUUAAGAACCACAGGUAUUCCAAAAUCUUAUCUUAAAACUAUAUCUAAAGAAGAAUUAGAAAAGAAGGCAAAUGAAUUAUCUACAAAUGAUAGUGGUGAUGUUGUAGAUAAUGAUGGGAAUGCAAUUUUGAUUACAGAUGAAGGUGAUUAUGCAAUAGCAGUAGCAGAUACGAAAACAUGGCAAAAUUAUCAAGAAAGAAUUAAAAAUGCACAAAUGAAAUCUCAAAAUGAAUACCAAAAUAAAUUAUUAGCCAAAAUUAAACAAGAUAAUAAAUUAGAAUAUAUUGAUCCAUUAAAUGAAAAUAAGGUAUUAAAUCCACCAAUUUAUAAAACUGCAUGUUGUCAAAAUAUAACAGAUUUAAAGAAAUUAAAGAAUAUAAAUUAUAAUAAAUCAGAUUUGGAAUCACAAUUGAUUGAAAAUGAUUUUCAUUGUCCAAACUGUGGUAAAGAAGAUAAUUAUAUUGAUUCAUUAAUUGAAAAUAAAGAAUUGAGUGAAGAAUUAACAAAAUAUAUUGAAACUAAAGAAACUGAAUUGGGUAUAAAAGAUCCUAGUAAACGACCAAUUGAUGAAGAAUUACCGGAUGCUAAAAGACAAAAAUUACCACAAUUUGAUCCUGCUAUGUUUCCAAUGGGUAUUCCUCCUCCUCCAGGUAUGUUUAUAGGAAUGCCUCAAUUUCCAUUUAAAUAG